AGAUAUUUCAACGCGGACUGCCGCGGCGAAGGAUGGGCCCUCUUUUCCCCACGACUUGCGUCGUCCUCCUGGCCCUGAACGCCGCCGCCAUCCCACCCUCCAGCAGUCCAGAGGACUACGCCGCGGACGACGCCGCGCGAACGGUCAAUAACGAGAUUUUUGAUGACUACCGCGGGAAAGGCUGCGUGGACGACAGUGGCUUUGUGUACAAACUCGGGGAGCGAUUCUUUCCAGGACACUCGAACUGCCCCUGUGAGUGUACGGAGGAUGGGCCAGUUUGCGAUCAACCCGAAUGUCCCAAGAUACACCCAAAGUGCACUAAAGUGGAACACAACGGAUGUUGUCCGGAGUGCAAGGAGGUCAAAAACUUUUGUGAAUACCGCGGGAAGACGUACAAAAUCCUGGAGGAAUUUAAGCCCUCGCCGUGUGAGUGGUGUCGCUGCGAACCAAAUAAUGAGGUGCACUGUGUGGUGGCCGACUGUGCCGUGCCCGAGUGCGUCAAUCCCGUGUACGAGCCGGAGCAGUGCUGCCCCAUCUGUAAAAACGGUCCAAAUUGCUUUGCCGGAACGACGAUCAUCCCGGCCGGCAUUGAAGUGAAGGUGGACGACUGCACCAUCUGCCGCUGCCACAAUGGGGACUGGUGGAAGCCUGCGCAGUGCCUGCGCCGGGAGUGCCUCAACGGCCAGUCAUAGACGCCUGCAGUGCUCGCCCUCACGUACCCCCCCACUUACCACCCUCCACCCCCCAGGACCACAGGGGAGACAGAGCCGAGAGAGGAGGAGAGUCUGGAUGGAUGGAUGGAUGGAUGGAUGGAUGGAAGGAAGGACGAGGAGAUGGGACACUUGGUGAGGCAGCUGCAUUGCAAAACAAAAGGGACAAAGGCGGAUACUUCUCCUUGUGGAUACUUGAUGGACUGGCUGGCUGGCUGGCAGGAGCACAAAUUCUCGUCUACUGUACACACGGUUUGCUGAAUGAGCUGAAACAGACACACCUGCGUAUUAUGUACACACACAUAAAAAAACACACACGCGCGCAUAUGCACACGAGCACCACUGUACCCGCAUAAAGCGCCAAGGGAUCCCAAGUGGUGGUGCGCUUUCGCUUAAGACUUUUAUCUCCCUGUAAUAUUUACUGGCACAUUUUUAUUAUGACUUGCUUAUGCUGCUUAAAAACACACCAUGUUGGUAUACUUCACUCACAUGUCACUCUUCUCUACUUACUGCCGCUGUAUUGAUACCUAGUCAUUUGUUCUCUGUAGGUCAUUUUGCUUGUUUUAUAUAAGUGUCAACAUUAUGCUAAAAGUACUUUAUUUCCCAAGCUGAGAUCACAUCUGACUGUUUGACAUGAUUUACAUGAUUAGGUAAGACUUUACUUGACGCCGGUGUCAUAUGCAUGUCAUUACAGUGUCAUAACAGUGUGUCAUAUGCUGGCCUUAACAGGUUGUCUUUGCCAUAACCGAAUGUCAAGGCCAACAGUCAUAAAAUGUUCAUGACAUGGACAUAAUGUUUAUGCCCUACCUAUGACUGUGUCAUGACACUAUUAU